GCUUCCUCCAAAGUCAUUCCAUCUUUCCCUGUCUCUAAAGCCUUGUCAGCAUAUCUAAUAUUUGCUUUUUGCUUGCUGAGCUCAAUCUCCUCUUGCACGGACUUCUUCAGCGAUUUUGCAAAAACUUUAACCCCAUAAUAAAAAAGUUUCGAAAGCGAUUUCACCAUUACUAAAAAAUUUCCCUCCCACAAUAUUUUUCAAUGAAAAAAAAAAAAAAAAAAAAAAAAUGACGAUGAUGCUUCUACCAGUUGACAUAUUUGAGACUGUCAAAUUUUUGAAAAAUCUUUUCUGUAGUCAUUUUAAUUCUCUUCCAAAAUUUAACGUUAGCAGAAAAGAAACAAGCAAGCAUGAAUCAUGGAUUCAACGACGAGCUCAUGCGGUUGCGACGCGCCAGAUCCGGCGGAAUAUUUAGAAAAACUCAAAAAAAAGUACAUAAAUAGAACGGCCAAAUUGCAGGCUCAACAACAAGACCUGGAACAGAAAAUUAUGAAAAUGGAAAUGUUCAUAUCCAAAACCGAUCACUCGUUUGACUCCGAACAGGGUUGUUCGUGCGUGCCAAAAAUCUUUCCUGAUACUCCAGUAAGAGAUGUGGCUGGCAUACCCAAUGUCGUCACUGAAGUCAUUCAUCAGCCUCAACCGCCCAUUGCAAAACCAUGUAGCUUUUUCCAAAAAAUGAUGGACAAUGCCAGAAGCAUUUUAAGUAUAACUUGUCAGUGUCCCAAUGCUGUGGUUAAUAAAACGACUAGUGUUAGUGAAGCACCAAUGACUACCACCACUGAGACAAAUUACCCUACGACAGAAACCACAGGUCGCACCACUGUGACUCUUGAUAUUGCCGAAGGUGAAACUGAGAAAACUUUAAGUGAAAUACCAACAAAAGACGAAGAUGUUUCGCUACAACAAAAUGUAGUCGAUUAUGAUAAUACGCUAACUGACAAAUCAUCGGGAAGCAGUUGUAGCUGUGAUUUCACCGAUCCUAGCAGUCGGCAAGAUGCUGCUUGUACUUGUGAAUUCACUAGACCUGAUCCUUUUGGUCCUGCAACAAAAGAAGAUACGCAGACUACAUCAGAGCCACUUUCAAGCAGUUUAUCCAAAUCCGAAAAAUGUCCCUGGCAAGAAGAUAGUACUCCACAGUCUAUACUGAUAUCAGGAAAAUGUUCUUGCGAAAAUUGCACUUGUGGUUCUUCAGUAGUGCUUGAUGAUAGUAAUGUGGUGACCACGAAAGUAUCUUUAACAGGUCAACAACAAAGUGGCAAAAUACCUCCAGUUUCACUAUUCGUCGAAAAAGGCAAAACAACUGUAGCCGAAGUUCAAGCUGCCGUUGAAAACAAGGAGAUUUACAUUCAAUUAGCUCAAGAAAAUGCUAGUAAAUGCGUCACUUGUUGCCAAUUGCCAACGUGUCCCUCAUAUAAAAAUAAUCUUAGUGCUGGAAUACAAACAAGCAGCCAAAUAAAAUCCCAAGUUAAGGGCGUACAAAUACAAAAAGAAACAGUGACUGUUGGCUCGACUUAUUCAGCACCAAUUGUGCCACAUGAAGCAAUUCCAAGUGGGACAUGUAAAGCAAUAUGUAACGCAGUUGUUGAAGAGAAAAGCAAAACUGGUGAUGGUGAUUUACAAAAGGGUCAAGUUCAAGCUAAAGAAACAAUAUCUCAUUUUGAAUCACUCAAAGCACGCCAAGAUGGUGGAAAUCAGUGUGCGUUUAUUGGAUCACCUAUCUUAGAUCAUACUGAAAUUUUCGGUCACAAAUCCAAAAACAAAAUCUCUUGUUCUUGUAAUACUACCGAAGGUCUGAAGAAAAUAUGCGGAGAAAGCACUUAUUCUUUGACGUCCGCCGACAUAUUGGAAAUGCAAAAUAUCGCCGAAAUGGCUAAAAGAGAAAAACAAAUAAGGGCUCAGAUUGGAGAACUGCAGAAAAGAGAGCAGCAAUAUCAAAAGGCUACAAGAAACGUGCAAAAUGUCUUCACCAAAACCAGCAACCUCUGUUGCCAUUGCCACGCCUCCCCUCCGAGCAUGAACGCCGAAAUCGAAAAAAUCAGCCGCGAGCUGCAUUUGGAGAAUGAAAUUUUGAAAUCCGAGCUAGUAGAAAUGAAACUGGAGCUCAAACAUUGCCUGGAAAAAAUUGAAGGUCCCAUGAAACUGAAGCUGCACACCGAAAAGAAAAAAUGCGAAAACUUACACAGGGAAUUGCAAGAUGCCUCAAAAAAUAUCCUCCUGAACCAAGACGCGCACGCCCGGGAUAUGAACCAACUAAAACUUCAACUCUGCUGCGCUUGCACUAACAUAACCGAUCUGAACCAAAUGAAUCAGAGACUCAAAGAUGAAAUGACCAACUUGGACUGUUUGUGUCAAAAACUGGAAGACGAUUUGAUCAAGCAGAAACUAAACGAAGCUGAAACUAUCAAAAGAAUAACCGCUCGUAAAUCGGGUGGAAAGUCUGCCCCUGUCAUGCGUUCAACUUCGGCAGAGUUCAAAUGCGACUCGAGCUUAGACGUGAUAGCAAGGAAACUGAGUAAAACCAUCAAAGAUCUGGCUCCUUGCGAGGAAUGCUCGAAACUCCCCACUGAAUUGGCUAGUGCCGCUAAGUGCAUCAAAGAUUUAACUGAUAUGGUAAGGAAGAGGAAAGUUGGAUCGGCUUUUGGUGCGAGUGGUUGCCGUUGCCAGUCUGGAGUGCCUUCAAGAGAAUUACUUGAAGAAUGUUGCAGUUGCUGUCAAGGAGAUACAGGUGACACAUCGAGACACAAAGCCGAAGAAAAAACAGUGAAAACUCUUCUUCCAGUGCCAGAUUCGUUUGUCAAAAAACACGAUAGCAGCAAAUUGGACGUGGACAAUGUGCAAUCGAGCUAUUUCAGUACAGGGGAAGCGCCCUGUUUUAAAAUUGGCACUCCGUGUGGACAGAGCAAAUAUACAAUGGAUCAAAAAGAACAAUGGCCCUGCAGCCCUGUAGGAGAACCUUGUAGAAAGGAUGCCACAAGUCAACGGUCACAUGUAGAUAAAUAUUGCGAGGCAACAUGUUCACUUAUGGUGCCUGUAAAAGACCAAGCUGUCCAGGAAGUGCCAAUGUUUGAGAAAGCUUCUGAAACUGUUCCGGAAUCCAAGCCUUCAGAGAAAAAAGAUGAAUUGCCAAUUUAUAUUUCAAGUAUCACCGAUAACAUUAUUGAGAAAGUGUUCGAAGCUAAAUCUGAAGAUGCCGGAUUUUUGACACCUACAGCCGAAUCAUUUCACAAGCCAGCAUUACAAGAAAGCGCAGAAGGUCUAAAAACUCUAACUGAAGUUACUGGUGAAACUGCUCCUCAAGAACAAUCAACCGCACCUCAUGACAAGCCAGCAUUUGAAGAAAGCGCAGAAAUUCUCGAAACUCAAACAGAAGUUUCUGGUGAAACUGUUCCUCAAAAACCAACAACCGCCAGUUCUAGUGGCGUUGCACAAGUCCAAGAAGCGACGCCGCAUUCUGAUGCCACUAUGGGCGAAGAACUCACCGAAGAUAUGGAAGAGGCCCAGUCUCCUAUAGAGAUUCCUUUCGAAGAAAGCCGCGACGGUGGAGACUUUCCUGUAGACGUUACAAAUGUCGCUUAUUCCGUGGGUAAGCCCGCAGACGACGUGCAUAUGACAAGCAUCAUUACCGACUCUGGAACUUUGCAAGUGGUCACCGAAGGACCCAUGGGAAUUAUUGAAACUACUUUAACGUACACUGAUGACGGCCAGAUUGACGUAGUCUCUGGUGUUUAUGAUAAAAACUCAGAGGAGGAAAGAGCUGCCGAAGCUGCCAUGGAGAGAUAUGCCAGUCAGCCUCCAAAGACACCCAAAGAUAUGCCAUGCACUCCUGAUGCUACAUGUACUUCCAUGAAGAAAUUGCCUGGUUAUGUAACAUGUGACGAGAGCAAAGUUUGUCAAGAUGGUCCAAAAAAACCUCUUUUUGUAUUGCCGGUUGAAUCAAGUAACAUCUCUGGUAUUUCUGGUCCGGAAGCAGACACAUCCUAUACAACUUCAGCUUAUGAUGAAUCUGAUUUGACCAGUAAAAUGGACACCAUUUCUUCUGGCAUAAAGCCUGGUGUAGGCAAGACGCCGGAUCUCACAUCUGCUUUUGGCGAAUCGUCUGCACCCAUGGUAUACCCGCCAACAAGAGAAACACCAAUCGGUCAACAUAUUGAGGCGCCGAAAUAUUUUGGACAAACAAUAAUGGGAGUAGAAAGUUCAAAGGAACUUCUUGAUGUUGAAUAUCGACCUGAAGAGCAGAAAGAAACUCCUGGAAAACCUGGAAAAGCAAUUCCUAGAGAACAAAGUGAAGUUCCACAAAGUGUUAGUUGGGCUGGUCAACAGGAAUCAGAGGAAGCGGAAGGAAGCAGUUACACUGCAGGAGAGGUUAGGAGCGGAGAAGUUUUCACUUCAGAACAAGGAGUUUCGGACUUGGAAGAAGAAGCGCUAGGGAAACCUACUGCUGCAAUUGCUAAAACUAAAUCUCUACCACCUUCCGACUUUAAAGCUUCCGCGGAAAUUUUUGUCGAUGCGCAAAUGAGAGAUGACGUAGUAACAACAGUGAAAGUGAAAGAGACAGAAAUCUCGAUGAAACCUAGUGAAAUUCCUCUAGACAAAACUCUCAUGAAAGAGUCAGAGACAGGUGUUAGCGAACCAAUGAAAUCUACAAAAGAUGAAGUACCUUGCCCACCUGAACCCAGUAAAACCCGUGAUUGCGGAUGUCAAUCAAAAACUCAAACAGAUCAGUCAUGUCAAUGCUGCGAGUGUAAAACCAUCGGAACUUCAACAUCCGGUGAUAAACAAACCAUCACUGAAAAAUCGGAAGAAAUGGGAAAAGCAUUGGAGGAAACCAUCGAAGACGCCAAAACAGACACCGAUUCAGAAUUUGUAACCAUCAGCGAAUUCACUGAGAAUAUUCAAGCCCAAACUUCAAGCAGUCAUCAAGGUGAUAUUCCGGAAGAUUUUUCAGCUGAUUCAUUAAUUACCAGACCAGAAGAUUCAGUUACAGCACAUCUCUUUGAAAAUUAUCCUGAGCUCAAAGGCAAAUCAUUGAGUGAACAAGAAGAAUUCUUAAAAAGAAAAGGAAUUCAUCUCAGUGAUGCAGCACGAGAAAAACUGAAAAGACUUCCUGAAAACCUACAUUUAGCAGAAAGUGAAUCAACUGAUGUAAUCAAUGCAGAAUUACUUGCUGAACAUCCCGCUAGUAUGCCAAUAACAUUAGAAACUGAUCAUCCAAUUUCGGAAGAAAUUCUUGCCCAAGUUGUAGAUGCUGCUAUCAUGUCGCCAGAAGAGCAACAAACAUUUUUGGAGGUUAUGAAGAGACGGGAGAGUGAGACCGCAAAAGAUAUGGAACUCACGGAUGAUAUCCUUGCUAAGCAUCCAGAAUUGGCCACUAUGUCAAUAACAGACCGACAAUCAAGGCUAAAAGAAAUAGGAUACGAGCUUCCUGGAAUUGCCUCAUCAGGAGGAUUUCACAAAAUUAUUGACUAUGAUGCUUCUAAGCCUAGUGUAACGUCAAAGUCUGUCCAUAAGGAACUUUUGGAUAAAUAUCCAGAGUUGGUUGGUAAAACUUCGGCAGAACAAGAAAUAAUUCUUAGGGAGCAUGGAUAUUCUAUCCCAUCCGUUGUGAGCGCUGCCAAAACUCCAUCGGUCCAAAUACCUGUUGAGCCAGUCAUGCUAGAUAAACAUCCAGAAUUGGUUGGUAAAACUUCUAAGGAACAAGAAGAAAUUCUUAAAGUGCUUGGAUAUUCUGUAUCACCAACUCCGAGCACUGUUAAAGCUCCAUCAGUUCAAAUACCUGUUGGUACAGAAAUGUUAGAAAAACAUCCAGAAUUGGUUGGUAAAACUUCUAAGGAACAAGCAGAAAUUCUGACAGAUCUUGGAUAUUCUGUGUCGCCAACUCCGAGCAUUGUCAAAACUCCAUCAGUUCAAGUACCUGUUGGAACAGACAUGCUAGAAAAACAUCCAGAAUUGGUUGGUAAAACUUCUAAGGAACAAGCAGAAAUUCUUACAGAUCUUGGAUAUUCUGUGUCGCCAACUCCGAGCAUUGUCAAAACUCCAUCAGUUCAAGUACCUGUUGGAACAGACAUGCUAGAAAAACAUCCAGAAUUGGUUGGUAAAACUUCUAAGGAACAAGCAGAAAUUCUUACAGAUCUUGGAUAUUCUGUGUCGCCAACUCCGAGCAUUGUCAAAACUCCAUCAGUUCAAGUACCUGUUGGAACAGACAUGCUAGAAAAACAUCCAGAAUUGGCUGGUAAAACGUCUAAGGAACAAGCAGAAAUUCUUACAGAUCUUGGAUAUUCUGUGUCGCCAACUCCGAGCAUUGUCAAAACUCCAUCAGUUCAAGUACCUGUUGGAACAGACAUGCUAGAAAAACAUCCAGAAUUGGCUGGUAAAACGUCUAAGGAACAAGCAGAAAUUCUUACAGAUCUUGGAUAUUCUGUGUCGCCAACUCCGAGCAUUGUCAAAACUCCAUCAGUUCAAGUACCUGUUGGAACAGACAUGCUAGAAAAACAUCCAGAAUUGGCUGGUAAAACUUCUAAGGAACAAGCAGAAAUUCUUACAGAUCUUGGAUAUUCUGUGUCGCCUACUCCGAGCAUUGUCAAAACUCCAUCAGUUCAAGUACCUGUUGGAACAGACAUGCUAGAAAAACAUCCAGAAUUGGUUGGUAAAACUUCUAAGGAACAAGCAGAAAUUCUUACAGAUCUUGGAUAUUCUGUGUCGCCCACUCCGAGCAUUGUCAAAACUCCAUCAGUUCAAGUACCUGUUGGAACAGACAUGCUAGAAAAACAUCCAGAAUUGGCUGGUAAAACUUCUAAGGAACAAGCAGAAAUUCUUACAGAUCUUGGAUAUUCUGUGUCGCCAACUCCGAGCAUUGUCAAAACUCCAUUAGUUCAAGUACCUGUUGGGACAGACAUGCUAGAUAAACAUCCAGAAUUGGCUGGUAAAACUUCUAAGGAGCAAGCAGAAAUUCUUACAGAGCUUGGAUAUUCUGUGUCGCCAACUCCGAGCAUUGCCAAAACUCCAUCAGUUCAAGUACCUGUUGGGACAGACAUGCUAGAUAAACAUCCAGAAUUGGCUGGUAAAACUUCUAAGGAACAAGCAGAAAUUCUUACAGAGCUUGGAUAUUCCGUAUCGCCAACUCCGAGCAUUAUCAAAACUCCAUCAGUUCAAGUACCUGUUGGGACAGACAUGCUAGAAAAACAUCCAGAAUUGGUUGGUAAAACUUCUAAGGAACAAGCGGAAAUUCUUACAGAGCUUGGAUAUUCCGUAUCGCCAACUCCCAGCAUUGUCAAAACUGCAUCAGUUCAAGUACCUGUUGGGACAGACAUGCUAGAAAAACAUCCAGAAUUAGUUGGUAAAACUUCUAAGGAACAAGCAGGAAUUCUUACAGAGCUUGGAUAUUCUGUGUCACCAACUCCGAGCACUAUCAAAACUCCAUCAGUUCAAAUACCUGUUGGUUCAGAAAUGUUAGAAAAACAUCCAGAAUUAGUUGGUAAAACUUCUAAGGAACAAGCAGAAAUUCUUACAGAGCUUGGAUAUUCUGUGUCGCCAACUGUGACUGCGACAACACCAGAUUCAAAGUUCAUGACUCCCGAGCAAUCUUCUAAAGAUGUAUCUAUUACUUGCAAAGCACCUUGUCGUACAGCUGGAACACCUACCGAUGACUUUAGAAAAAGAUCUCCACGUCAAAGUGCAAAAUCUAUCCCCAGACUAAUACCUCGUACAGCUUCUUCAAAAGAAGCGUCGGUUGGUUGCAAAGCACCGUGUAGAUCUAAAGCCACAAUACAAAAUAUUACACCCAAACGAAGCGCAAAAAAAAUUAUUUCCAUUGGAGAUGUUUUCGAAGGUGUUACUCGCCAGCAACGGUCUCAAUCACGAGACGGUUCAAUCUCUUGCAAAGCGAGCUGUAAAACAAUAUCCGUACAAAGCUCUAAAGGAAAGGAGCUUAAAGAAUUAGUGGCUGCCAGAAGUGAUACCACCACCACAACAUCAACAUCUAUAAGUGAAAAAGAAAAACUGAAAAAGCACCCCAAAAGAUCGCUCGAAGAAGUACCCUCAAUCGUUUCUCAGCUAUCAGACAAAGAAAGACCAGCCAUUGAGUCAACUUCCAGAAAACCUAAGAUGUCUAGAAAGAAGCGCCCCAAAACUUUCGAUUCUAUGAAAUGCCUUUGCAAUGCUCCAGAUGUAUGCGGAUGUGAAAUGUGCUCUGUGAAAAAAAAAUCCAGCAGGGCACUUAAGCGAACUGUGAGAUCGUGUGAUUGUCCACCAAAUAUGAUGAUGGUACCUCAAAUGAUUGUUAUGCCACCGAUGCAAAUGACAUACAGUAUGCCACCUGUGGGCCAUGCAACGAAUUGCAGAUGUAACGCUUGCAGGUACCAAGAAAACGUUCCUUCUACAUCAAAUGUUAAAGGAAAAAACUACAAUGAAACUUGUGCAGCUAAUGAUGUCAAAAGAAAAUCCAAACAAGCCGUGGCCUCAAGAGAUGACGCAAACGCCAAACAAAAAACCAAACAUGAUACAUCCACAGACGAAACAGACGCCAAGGGCAAAAGAAAUUAUGUUGACACAUCUACAGAUGAAGCGGAGGCAAGAAAAAAACUGAAACACCCAUCAAGUUGUGAAUGCAUCGACUGUCUAUGCAUGCCAAAAAUUAAAAAACUCGCAAACACAAAAGAAUACCCCAUAGUCUACGAUACAAAACAAGUAUAUCAAGUUAAAAUAAAAUGCGACACUUGCGUCAAUGCUAAAAACGCAAGACGUUAUCUGGAACAGCAGGCAGCAGCUAGAUCUAGAAUACCGAUUUCGACAUCUUCAGCAAAUCCACCGACGUACAAAUCUUCACCUUCAGCCGUAGCUUCUGUCACCAAGCCGGCUAAAGAAGGUGAAUCGUCAGGAAGCGUUUACGGUUCGAUAGCUUGCGAUUGUGAACAGUGCAAGUGCAACGAUUGUCCCGAUGAAAAAAUUCCUAAACCUAUAGCAACACCAUCGCCUAAAAUGGCUGUUAAGCCAUCGUCCACGGAAUGUGGCGAUACAAUUUGCUGUUGUAAAACUUCGCCUUGUGAAUGUCAACCGUGUACUGUGAAAGAAUUAGCUAAAAGAUUGAAAGAGGCUGAAGAUAAAUUGGCUGCUGUUCAAAAAACAAGCGGCCCUCCUGCGGAUCACGAACAAGAAGAACCUGCGGAAGAUGAAAUAUGUGACUGCCAAGAUUGCGUAUGUCCAGGAAGUGACUCAAUGCCUAAAAAAGAUGUUAGAAAAGAUGCUGGAGAAGAUGAGCCUUGCCCUUGCGUUGAAUGUGUUUGUCCGGGUGCUGACUUACUUAAACCAGAAGCAGUCGAGCCAGCUACAGUUACAGCAACAAGUGCUGGAGACGCAGAACAUCCUCCUGACUGUAACUGUUCAGUGUGUACUUGUCCAGCUAUCGAUGACUUUAGAAAACACGGUGUUACCGAGCCAGAACAUCCACAUGACUGUAACUGUUCGGCGUGUACUUGUCCAGGUAUCGAUGACUUUAGAAAACACGGUGCUACUGAGCCAAAACCUAGGGCAGUAGACGCAGUCCCGUCUGAAAUAGGUGCGGGCGAUGAAGAAUGUAACUGUGUCGUGUGCGAGUGUCCAGGACAGACGAACUUACCGCCCAAACCAUCAGACUCUGGAUCCAAAUUGGAAUCAUGUGAUUGCUCCGAUUGCAAAUGUUCUCCAUGUGCAGAUCCAAAUAAGAAACCUACGGUGGCAAUUUUGAGCGAAUCUGUUGAAGAUUGCGAUUGCAGUGAAUGCCUAUGUGCUCCAUGUGCCGAUCCAAAGAAACAAGUCGAAAAAGUUCCCGAGCCAUGUGUAUCACCUAAUGUUGCAAGCAAAUCUACCGAUAUGCCGGAAAAAGUGCCGCAUCCUGCUGAUUGCCCUUGCGAUGAUUGUAAGUGCUUGGAAGAAAUGAUCCAAACGGAAUCGGUUCAUCAAACGGAAAAAGGAAUCCAACCGAAACCACAAGAAAAAGGAACUCACGCUUUGCAAUGUAAUUGUUCGGAAUGCUUUUGCAUUGAAUGUGACACCAAAGGCACUCAUACGCUCGUUUGUAAAUGCUCCGAGUGUAUAUGCGAUGACUGUCCAUUAUUGACGGACGUAGAAGAUAAACCUCCUGGUUCAAAACACGGCAAAGAUUGUACGUGCAUAAAAUGUAAUUGUGAUGUUUGUGGUGAUGAAGGAACGAAAGGAACCGAAUCGCAAGCUAGAAUGGGUGCCAAAGAGUCUCACAGAAUGGGUGCCAAAGAGUCUCACAUAAUGAGUUGUCUAUGUGGAGACUGUAUGUGCGUGGAUUGUGAAAGGAUGGAGCCAAAAGUUGGACAUGUUGAAGGCUGUCAAUGUUCUGACUGCCUUUGCGUGGAUUGUACAUUCGACAAAAUGACACCUGCUGCAUUGCUUGCAGCUCCAGUAGGUUCAGUGAUGGUAACACCUGGCGUGAAGGAACACCCUUCUGUUCUAGUUGCGAUUACCGAUUCCCAUCAUGCUGAGGGAGAAUGUAUUUGCGAGACCUGCAUUUGCGUGGAAUGUAAAGGACAUUCGGAACAUAAAGCAUCUGAAAAAGAAGUUCCAGGAGAGCGUCGUCUACCAGGACCCUCAGGAGUAGAACUACCGGGUCAAGCAGUCGAACCAACAAAAUCUGUUCAUGGUGAGUCGUGCACGUGCCCCGUCUGCGAAUGCAAACCGUGCUUCAAUGUCGAAAGUACACCGGAAAUAUGCACUUGCCAAGUAUGCGAAUGCGUGUCGUGUCCCAAAACUAUGCCCCAAAAACCGGGAGUAUCAGGGAUCCAGGCGGUAGCUUCUAGAGCGGAAACUGGCACGCAUUCCCCUGUUUGCACUUGCGACGACUGUCGAUGCGAACCCGACGACCCACAACCAAAACCCAAAACAACUUUGGAUUUGCACGAUCCGCCACCGUUCGAACCCGUCAACAGAAUCGAUUGCGAUUGCGGGCCAUGCGAUUGCGUUAUUUGCCAGGAACGGAAGGCAAUAGCUGUUCAAAGGAUGAAUGUGGGAACCCAUCAGUCACACGUAGGGAUGAUGCCUGACAGUUAUGUAGCGCCACCGUUCGAGAUACCCACUAGACUUGAUUGUUCUGCAGUGUGUAAAGAAUGCACCUGCAUUAUUUGCAAUAAAGAAGGUGGUUCAAAAAAAACUGUAGCUGCACAACCAUCAAUCGCCUUUGCUGCUGACAAACAAUCAUCUGCCACUCCAGUACAAGAACGUUCAAUAGUUCAAGCCACGGCCAGCACUCACAGUCCAUCAUGUCUAUGCACAAUGUGCAUUUGCGAGGUUCCAGGUCUUGAGCCAAUACCAAAAAAGGAGGGAGAAUUGCUGGUUACGGACAUUCAAAUUGGAAAAGUAAAAUCAAGCAACGCAGGUCAGAAACCGGACAGUUUUUUUAGCGCCCAAGAGUCGGUGAUACGACCUGGAACGUCGGAGAUUACGCCAAUCCAUUGCGACUGCCCGACUUGUACUUGUGAAGAAGGUAUUAUCGCAUCAACAAUGCCGAUUGAUGCUUCUUCUCCCAUACGACAAGUUCCUUCUUCCGCAACUCCUAAAAAACCAGAUGCGGUCUUAGCUAGUGCCGAUACUCUGGUGCUAGCUCAACCAUGCGUUCAGGUCAUGUAUCCGCCUCAGAACCCUUGUGAUUGUCCUCCAGGACAUUGCGAGUGUCAGCCUUGUAACGAUAAAACAAUGCAACCUACUCGUGGUCCUGUAGAAACAUCCAAAAAACCAGCAGCAGUCACAACUAUGGAUAAUCUAACUCUAGUAAAAAGUAUUCAAGCAGCUAACAAGGAGAAUUGUGAAUGUAAAGAGCAAAUUGAAGAAAUCAGAAGAACCUUGGAAAAAAUCAGAUGUUCUUGCAACGAAGCUGAAUAUAGAAGCACUCAAAGUAUGGGACAACAAAUAAGUUCGGAAGUUGGUCCUUCCUUUGGUCCGCCUUUCGUUAAAAAAGCUUCCCCUUUCGGUCAAACCAUGUCCGGAUUGAAAAUGGCGCUGCAUAAUUUACAAGACAAAUGUAAGGCGAAAGAUAAAAUGAUCGAGGCAAUGACUGCUGAGCUAGCUCAAAGAGGCGACGUUGAAAUGUUCGACAGGCUUUUGGAUAAUUCAGAAAAAAUUAAUUCGGCAUUGGAUUACGAUCGAGCGCACGAUGUCAAUGCUUCAGCCCACAGUCGAUUAGUUACAAACGUACUUUAUGCACCUGCAACGCGAGUUAAAGACGAAGGAACUGCUGCUCCUGUAAGAGACGUCGCUACCAAGGCCAUAGAAGUAAGAAGUCACAAGCAUAGAAAAAAAGCAUCGAGCAAAGGAAAAGGGUUACAUCCUUGCGACACAUGCGACUGUGCAAUACCUCCUAUGAUUCAAACUGAGGAGAAGGAUUGUCAAAAAUUGGAUCUUACAGGAUUCGAGGUAGUGGACAUAAGAAGAAUCACCGACGAUAGUCUUAUUGUCAAAUGGAACGCACCCAAAAACCAGAAAGUGCAAGGUUACGAUAUCUUCGUCAACGGUACCAUAGCUAGCAAAGUGAUGAGCGGUACCAGAACUAGCGCGAUGAUGCAUUCGCUCGAUUUAGCGAAAAGCGUUCAAAUCACUAUUUACCCUGUGACUCGGUGCGGUAGAGUCGAUCAACCAGCGAUAGCAAUUUAUGAAAUUAAAGGAUAACUUAUAUUUCUUACAAAUUGACAUGUACUGUUUUGUAAAUUAUAGUGAAAAAAUAUUCCAUCUAGUAUAUGAUUGUUUUAUUAAUUGGGCUAUGUGACAGAAACAAGGCUUCACAAUACAAGCACUUUAUUAUGAAAAAUUCAAAUGUGUACCUUUUCAAAUGGUACAAAUUGCAAAAUAAAUUAAAUAAUAACAUAAUAACAGCGACUAUUUGUCUAAAAUAAUACUGGCUAUUUAGGUUUUAAAACAAUUUCCUAUUUUUAAUAUCUAUAACCGCUAAAACCUCCUUCAUCCGCGCCGGGCCUGUAUUGACCGUCUUCAUUUGGAUGAGCUCUGUUAUAUUCA